AACCCUUAAUUGAUAUCAGUGUUCACAAUUAUCUAACGUUUGCACAACAACGCUUUCCAAUCAUGCAGUUGAAAGCGAAUUUCAGUCUUUUUAAAGAACCUCGGGGAUUUAUAAAAGUGAUUCAGUUUGUGAUUGCCAUACUAGCGUUUUCAACCACGACUGGCUACAAAAGUGAACUCACAGUAACUAUAAAAAACUGCACAAUUAUUGGAAAGUUUUCUUUUGCUUUUGAUCAAAUCAAUGCACACUCAAUAUGCCCUGAAAAACAUGAUGACAAUUUACCUUCUGUUGUAAAAGGCUCUGCAAUUUUUUUUACGUUUGUUGGUGUCGUCAGCUGUUUGUACUGUAUUGUUGCUGUUUUCUAUUACACCUUCCUUGAAGAUCCGAAAAAAUGUGGACCUGGGGGUACCGGACGGGACAUUAAAUCAUAUGCUACUGUGGACCUAGCCGCGACUUUACUUUUGACAUUGUUCUGGUUUUGUGGCUCAGUUGCGUGGGUAGCUGGUUUUGUCGAACUAACUGAUAAAACUGAUGUAGAACACAUCUGUGAAUCUUGGAAACGUCGGCCGUUGUCGUGUAACGUAAUCGACAAAGCAAAUUAUGCAGGACUCAUAAUAUCUUUGAUGUUUGGUUUCUUGAGCUGUUUUCUGUGGGGGGCAAACACGUGGUUUGUCUUUAAGGAAACAGUCUGGCAUAAAGAAAUUGGGUCGACCGCUGUAGCCGAGCCACUUGCUACCGAAUCUCCCAGUCAGGAGCUUCCCAAAGAAGCAGUAUCUUCAGGAUUGAUUGCUAUUCUAGCAUUUUCAACAACAGCUGGUUAUGAUAGUGGAUUUAAAAUAAGCUCACCUACAUGCACAGCCAAAUUUGGUUAUGCAUUUGGCAAAAUAUCUGGCAACGGGAAUUGUUCUGUAUUUUCAAACUUUGGGUCUUUACCAUCCACUAUAAAAAGUUCUGCGCAAUUCUUUGUCUUUGUUGGAGUCAUCAGCUUUUUGUACUGUAUUGUUGCCUUGGUCUAUUAUGUCUGCUUUGAAGACCCAGUAAAAUAUGGACCUGGAGGGACUGGACGGGACAUUAAAUCAUUUGCCUCUGUGGACUUUGCUGUAACUUUACUUUUGACAUUGUUCUGGUUCUGUGGCUCAAUUGCAUGGGCAGUUGGUGUAGCCAAACUUAGAGAUAAAACAGAUGCCAAAAAGUUUUGUAAAUCUCCUUGUAGUGUUUUUGACAACGCAAACUAUGCAGGACUCAUAAUAUCAUUGUUGUUUGGUUUCUUGAGUUGUUUUCUGUGGGGAUUCAACUCGUGGUUUGUCUUCAAGGAAACAGUUUGGCACAAAGAAGUUGGUGCAACCAAUGAAGCCGAGGAACCAGCUGUUGAAUUACCUCGUCAAGAGGUUCCAGGAGAAACAUAGCCUUAGGAGUUUAGAAAUAAUAAUUUGUAUCGUUGUAUUCAUUACCUACAGAGGGAAAAUACUUACAAAGCACUUAUUAUCUCCGUAAAUUCUUUUUUUCAUUAGCAAAAUACAUACAUUUUAUUUAAUUAUGUGCAUUUAAAUAUUCCACUGUACCAUACGGCAAUGAAUACAUACAUGGUGUGUUUAUUAUAUAUACUAAAUGGGGCAACAUUUUAGUUAGUGAGUGAUUAAGGAAGCUCAAUAAUUGGUGAGGUUGAUAUUCAUAUAUAUGCAUUUUAUAAUCAUAAGAAACAAAUAAAACAAUUUAUUUCAAAGGAACAUAAUAUGAUUAGCCCUCCCUCAAUUAUUGAGAUAGCUACCACCGGGCCUAGUUCAUGUUGUACAUAUUUCUCCAUGGAUAAUUUUGUAACUGUUAGUUAUCAUGAAAAACAUGACAAAAAGUAGAA